CGCCCACUGGCUUCGAGCGCGCGCCUCUUGCUGCUCGCGCUCAUUCGGCUCUGGCUGAAGAUGGCGGAGCGACGCGAGCGUUGCGGGAUGCGCUCGCGCGACAUCGACGAGAAGUUUUUCCUCUGACGCUCGCAAGAUUCGGAAUCGCGCGGACGGGAACGUCGUUCUGACCGGACAUUAAACGGAGAUUGUCCAAACCCACAUCUCCUCUGAUUCAACAUGACAGCGGUGGAAAGCGUCUGCUCUUUGUUCUGUCACCUCUCAUGGCUGCUUCAGGAACUCGCCUUCGUCUCUUUGUCAUCCAGCGCUCUGAUAAAGAACAGGAGGUUCUGCUAGAAUACGUUUCUGCUCAACCACAUUUAUGAAGCACCAGAAGACCAACAGAGCAACGGUAAAAAAAACGUGAUGCCGUGAUGUCUCCGGUUGCCUACGCAUAGGGUUGUUUUAUGGAUGGACGAAGCAAGAUACACAAUACGGCAAGCGGCGAAUCCGCCGCAGGCUAUGGGGGCCAUGGUGACCUAGAAUGAACUAUUGUUUCCUGGCAGGGCAACAAUAUUCCUGUCUAAUUCCUUACCUUACACUUCACCCCAGCCGUCCAUUUGGCCAAAGCAGCCAUGGCUGGAGUGAGGAAGCUGGCACGGGCUGUCAGGCAUCAGGGUCUUCACCGGCUUAUCGUAGCGCUUAUACUCUUCUGCCUGCUUUCCAUGGCUUACCUAGCUUACCACGUCAGUGCAGGACCCAAAAUUAAGGAAGCUCCCUUGCCGCUCCCGCUGGGUAAUUGUGUUGCGACAUCUGCCAUCGGUGGUGGACAGAGGGCGCCGCUGUUCUUGCCAUCUCAGGUCAGCCAACGCAAACACUUGGGUAGGAUGGCCGACAGCUCACGGACGGAACCUGUGGUCCUACUGUUUGUGGAGAGCAUCUACUCCCAACUCGGACAGGAGAUCGUUGCCAUUUUAGAGUCAAGCCGCUUUCAUUAUCGCACCGAAAUUGCACCAGGAAAAGGUGACAUGCCUCCUCUAGCGUGGAGAGGCCGCGGGCGUUACACGCUUAUCGUCUACGAGAAUCUGCUUAAGUAUGUCAAUUUGGAUUCUUGGAAUCGCCAGUUGCUGGAUAAAUACUGCCAAGACUACGGAGUAGGAAUAAUCGGCUUUUACCGUGCAAAUGAAAACUCGCCGUCCAGCGCUCAACUAAGAGGCUUUCCUCUCUUCCUCCGUUCUAACCUUCCUCUUUGGGACUACAGAGUGAACCCCGCUGCACCCCUGCUCUACAUCACCAAACCUAAUGAGCUGGAGCCGGGCCCUUUGCCUGCAGACAACUGGACCAUAUUCCUGUCCAACCACAGCACAUAUGAGCCAGUUCUGUUAGCAAGCCCCAGACCAACCGAACUUAAUCAGCUCCCAACACAUUCACACCAACAGAGGGCGCUGCUGGCCACGGUUGUGCAGGACCUCGGCCUUCACGAUGGGAUCCAACGGGUGCUCUUUGGUGGCAGCUUGACUUUCUGGCUGCACAAGCUGCUGUUUGUGGAUGCCGUUGGGUAUUUAACUGGCAGACGGCUCAGCUUGUCAUUGGACAGAUUUUUACUGGUGGAUGUGGAUGAUAUAUUCGUUGGGAAGGAGGGGACACGCAUGAAAGUAGCAGAUGUGGAGGCACUGCUUCAAACACAGAACAAACUCCGUUCUCUGGUUCCUAAUUUCACCUUUAAUCUGGGAUUUUCUGGAAAGUUUUUCUAUACAGGUACAGAUGAGGAAGAUGAAGGGGACGACACUUUGCUCCGACACAGGCAGGAUUUCUGGUGGUUUCCUCACAUGUGGAGUCACAUGCAACCUCACCUCUUCCACAACGUCAGCGUGCUGGCUGAACAGAUGAGACUCAACAAGCAGUUUGCACAGGAACAUGGGAUCCCCACAGACAUGGGUUACGCUGUAGCCCCCCAUCACUCGGGUGUUUAUCCUGUACACAGUCAACUGUACGAGGCUUGGAAGAGCGUGUGGGGCAUCAAAGUGACAAGCACAGAGGAGUAUCCUCAUCUCAGACCCGCUCGCUACCGCAGAGGCUUCAUACACAAUGGCAUACAGGUUCUUCCUCGGCAGACGUGUGGGCUUUUUACACACACCAUCUUCUAUAAAGAUUACCCAGGAGGACCUCAGGAACUGGACAAAAGCAUCCGCGGUGGAGAACUGUUUCUUACUUUGCUGCUUAAUCCGGUCAGUAUAUUCAUGACUCACCUGUCAAACUACGGCAAUGACCGGCUGGGUCUCUACACCUUCGAGUCAUUGGUGAGGUUUGUGCAGUGCUGGACUCACCUGCGCCUGCAGACGCUGCCUCCAGUCCGACUCGCUCACAAAUACUUCCAGAUUUUCCCUGACGAGAGAGACCCCUUGUGGCAGAAUCCAUGUCAUGAUAAGAGACACAAAGACAUCUGGUCCAAGGAGAAGACCUGUGACAGACUGCCAAAGUUUUUGGUGAUUGGCCCUCAGAAAACAGGAAGUACUGCACUCCAUUCGUUUCUGACCCUGCACCCUGCCAUUACAAGCAGUUUCUCCAGCACGGUCACCUUUGAAGAGGUGCAGUUCUUCAGCGGACCAAACUACCAGCGUGGCAUUGACUGGUACAUGGAUUUUUUCCCCAUACCCUCGAAUGCGAGUACAGACUUCCUGUUUGAGAAGAGCGCAAACUACUUUGACACCGAGACUGUCCCAAAGAGAGUGGCGGCGCUGUUACCAAGAGCCAAAAUAAUCACUAUACUUAUAAACCCCACUGACCGGGCAUAUUCCUGGUACCAGCAUCAAAGGGCUCAUCAGGACCCUGUUGCGCUAAACUAUACAUUUCAUGAGGUGAUCACCGCAGGUCCUUCGUCGAACGCCGCUCUGCUUUCGCUGCAUCGCCGCUGUCUGCAGCCCGGGGCUUACAGCAGCCAUCUGGAGCGCUGGCUACAGCAUUACCAACCCAGUCAGUUGCUGAUGGUGGACGGUGUGCAGUUUCGCUCUGCUCCUGCUCAGGUGAUGGAUGGGAUCCAGAAGUUUUUGGGAGUCACACCAUAUUACAACUACACUCAAGCUCUAAUGUUUGAUGAGAGUAAAGGUUUCUGGUGUCAGAAAGCGGAGGCGGGCCGUACUCGCUGUCUGGGUAAAAGCAAAGGAAGGAAAUAUCCGGACAUGAACCCUGAGUCGAGGACAUUUCUAUCCGAGUAUUACCGCGAACAGAACGUGGAGUUGCUCAGGCUCUUCAAACGUCAGGGGCAGCCGCUGCCCAUUUGGCUCAGAGACGAACUGCACAAUGCCAGCUGGAGCUGAUGAAGACUUACAGGAGGAGAACCACGCUAGAACCCAGUUCCACACUGGAGAACUCAGGGUCUGAGUGCGGGAAAAGCAGGAACAGGGUAACCGACCCUCUCGUCCUCCAUACACCGCACAGGCUCUGAAAGACGGGCCGCUCAGUCCACACAAGAUCAAGCCCAAGCGAAACUCCUCAGAGCUGGAGGAACUUGUAGCGGACAUCUAUGGAAAUGCGAGCUCCCUGAUUGGAC